GGAGCAAAGACUUCCGCGAUUUCCUCAAGUCUGCGCUGUCAAGAAUCCGCCCAAACGCCCCUCGGCCGCCAGCCUGACCAAAGCACUCGUUCUUCAAGCAGAUGCGGCACAACGCCAACGCCCUCUCCGAUCUGGUCAAGAGCGUCUCCUCACUCGGCGACAAGCACGCGCAGUCGCUCGUGCAGGAAUACGAAAUCGACGAAGGAAGCGAGUCCACUCUCAAACCCUCAAAGCAGCGCGUGUCUGCGAUUGUGGACGACACGAGCGACUAUGCGGAGCUCCCCAUGACCACGGUGGCCGUCGAAGACAACCCAAACGAAUCAAAGGCAAAGACCGGCGACUGGCAGAAGUCUUCCAAGGACUACGUCCCCGUCAGUCCAAUCUACGCCAAUCUGCCGCGCGGCAAGCCCGGCGUGCCACCGCGCUCUCCAUCCAAGCCCUCCUCCCGACCCCCGCCGUCCAAGCAGCCGGCGCAGCCGCCGCGUAAGGAGACGGGCUCUUCCUUCGUUCUAAGCAACGUCUUUGCUGGCUGCCCACUCAGGGUGUUGUGUGCUGCGAGCUGGAAGCAUCAGCCCAACGGGCAGGAGCCGCUCCUGUACAUCAUCGUCGGGGCAGAGACGGGCCUGUAUGUGCUGGAGACGAGCGGUGACAAGCGCGAGCUCGUGCAGGUUUCGCGACGCCGCUGCACGUGGCUGUAUGUCAUGGACGAGGAGGGUAUCAUGAUCUCCGUCUCUGACGUCGAUGGCCGCGGGCAGGUGUGCGUGCAUGAUCUCAACUCACUGCUCGUCGGACCCGAUGAGGACAUCCGAUUCAAGACAACCCGCCUCCUCGACGGCGCCUCUGGUGCGCGCUGUGCCGUCACCCGCACCCCCGACACGGGCUUCACCUUCCUCUGCGUCACCGUUCCCCGCCAGCAUGCGCUUUGCCCGUUGCUUCGUGUAUCCGUGCAUGUGUUUGAAUGCGACAAGCACGCGCAGUCGCUCGUGCAGGAAUACGAAAUCGACGAAGGAAGCGAGUCCACUCUCAAACCCUCAAAGCAGCGCGUGUCUGCGAUUGUGGACGACACGAGCGACUAUGCGGAGCUCCCCAUGACCACGGUGGCCGUCGAAGACAACCCAAACGAAUCAAAGGCAAAGACCGGCGACUGGGAGAAGUCUUCCAAGGACUACGUCCCCGUUGCCGUGUACACCCCCGAUGCUGUGAUUGCUUUUAGCCGUCAUCGCAUGGAGCGUCGCUCUGUCCACACGGGCAAGAUCACCCAUCAGAUGAAAGACGCACGAGAGACGUUCCGGGUUGUCGGUAAGGAAGGCAACAUCAUCAUUGAAGCGCAGACAGAGGGCGAGGACACAUCCCACCUCUACCUCCUCAUUCGCAAGUAGAUGCCGCAACAGCACUCUCGUUCACACACAGCCCCCAAUACACCAAGCACAACCUGUUGCAACGCGUGCAUUGCGCAGGCGGGUAGUGCGUGAGUGGUUGUGGCAUGCACUUCUUCUCGGUUCAGUUUUGGUUGUGCUGCUGUGUGUUUUGAUUCUUACCUGACUGUGGUGGAUGUUGUCAUGUCAAGGAGUUGCGUGUUGUGGUUGUAUGUUGUGUGUGUGUGUGUGCAUGUGUGUUCCCAUUGCCUCGCUUGCUUACCUGUGCUUGUUGUGUCUGUGCUUUCCCUCUUGCUUUCCCUGUCGUUUUGCUUGUUGUUCUUCCCUCGCUUGCCACCCUCUUGCACUGUCCACGACACCAGUGCCGUCAUCAUCCACAACCCAAAGUAGACAAACAUCUCGCA